AUUUGCUCUCUCCUCUCUCUAGCCGAUGUUUGAAGCGAGCGUGAUCCCGCCAAAUCCAAAGUCCUAUGACGUGUUCUGCUGUGACUAAGAUGGAUCGCCGAAGAAUGGGCCUUGUUCUGCGUAACACGGAUGAAGACACCGCCUGGGAGAUAGACCACCUCCUAGAGCGGUAUGUAUAUAAAGGCUUUAUGUUUCUAACGACCUACAACCCGGAUGGCACACAUCGGAAGGUGACAGACUUCGAUGGCGAGAUUCGGAUGCCCUAUCCUCCUGCUCGGUUUGCACCGCCUGACGACGACGAGUCUACCAUGGAGACAGACCCUUCGGAGGGCUUAUCACCGCCGCCUGUGUCUACACCGCCUCCACCUGGACCUGAUUCUCUAGAUUACACCCCGACUUCGCCUGUACCGGACCCUCCAGCGAAUGAGGCUCGCAUGGAGGAGAUGUUCGACAGAUUGAUCGAGCGUCAGGAGCAGAGGCGUCGGACAUUAGUCAAGGAGGCCGUGGACGUGGAUGAGGCUUUCGUGGCCAGGGGCAUCAUCUGAGUCGGGUUGGGAGAGUGUUAUGCGUCUGUACUGGAGGGUGAGGUCGAGUGUUUGUCCCUAGGGCUCGAUACCUACUUAAAGCCAUCUUGUUUGUGGAUGAGCUUAAGCAAGGUUGAAAGCAUUAGUUUCCUUUAUUGAACCUUGAUGUAAUAAAAAGCCUUGGUCUAUUAAAUAAAUGAAGUUUAUUCA